AUGUCCGUCCCCAUCCGAGUCGCUCUUACGCAAGCCGAACCAGUUUGGUUGGACCUAGACGCCUCGGUUAAGAAAGCUUGCACUCUCAUUGCCGAAGCGGCAAACGAUGGAGCCAAGCUCAUUGCUUUUUCUGAAUGCUGGAUCCCCGGGUACCCAGCAUGGAUUUGGGCCCGAUCGGUCGAUUUCGAAAUGCAGACGCGAUACAUUUACAAUUCUGUCGCAAUUGAAUCCAAUGCUAUAGAGGCGGUCAAAACUGCUGCGAAAGAAAACUCGAUUGCUGUCGUUCUUGGCUUUUCGGAGAAGAGCCCUUCCCAUAGCAUUUAUAUCUCGCAGGCAAUUAUCUCACCACAGGGUGAGCUGCUGCUGCAUCGACGAAAGAUCAAGCCAACUCACAUGGAGCGCACCGUGUUUGGAGAUGGAACAAACUCUGACUUGGAUAAUGUGGUUGAAGUAGACUUUGGACCUGACCAUGGGAAGAUCAAGGUCGGAUGUCUGGCAUGCUGGGAGCACACACAACCGCUUCUCAAGUACCACAGUAUCUCUCAAGGAGAAGUCAUCCACAUCGCGAUGUGGCCUCCAAUUGAUCCUACCACAGGCGUCGACCACCCUGGUCUGUGGAGUAUAACUGCCGAGGGCUGUCAGAAUUUGUCUCAGACGUAUGCUAUCGAGAGCACUGCCUACAUACUUCACUGUACAUCUGUAUGCACUGAAAAAGGCAUUGACAUUUUGAAGACACAGGAUGGACUGCAGUGUCGACUGCCAGGAGGUGGACAUAGUUGUGUCAUCGGACCUGAUGGCCGACGUCUGACUGACGCCUUGGGCGAUGGCAAGGCUGCUACUGAGGGCAUGGUUUAUGCUGACCUGGAUCUUAGCAAGGUUGUGGCUACCAAAGGAUUCCUUGACAUUGUCGGUCACUAUAGUAGGCCGGAUCUUCUGUGGUUGGGCGUUGAUCGAGAGCAGAAGCAGAACGGGAAUGGAGUUCGUCAUGAGUCAAAAUGGCCCGAAGCUACCAUCCCUUGA